AUGAUUAAACUAAAAUUAAUAAUAUAUUAGAUUAUAUGCAAUUCUUUAGCAGCUAUAAUAAUCAGUGCCAUUUUCGAAGAAUACAUAUCCAUAUCGAUUUAUGGUUCCAUAUUAUUAUUUACAAUACUAUUUUGUAUCAUGAAAUAAUCAAAGCUCUAACAGGUCAUUUAAUUUAUACUAAUACUUCUAAUUUAGGAAAACUCUAGGUAUAACCAAAAGGAAUAUUAACAUUUUCAAUUUUAAUUGAGUUGGAUUUAUUUGGCUUAUAAGCUAAUUCAAAAUAAUCCUAACUUAGAAUUACUCAUUUUAUUGGAAUUGCUAUUUUCGUCAGUAAUUUAGAUGAUUAUUUCCUUUGAAGCAUACAAUUCCACAUUUUAUUUGAGUUUAUCGACUACAAUAAUCUAUACUCUCAUUAUUAUCGCAUACUAGUGUUAAAAGAGAAAGGAAUAGUACCUUAAAUCAUUAGACUUAGAACUAAUGACUCCCAAAAUGAAUGAAUUCUAGCGAAUAUUGAUAAACAAGGCAUAGACUACAAGAAGCAAUGAAAUAUAAAUAUUGGACCAUUUACCGAUUGGGUUAGUUGUCCUAACAUUGGAUCAUAAUUUCUAAUACAUGAAUAAAAGAGCAAGAAUCUUAUUAGAGAGAGCUUCAAAUACUCAAAUAACAGAGGACAAUGUUGUAAUCAUCAUCAAAGAACUACUAAUGAAAUGCUUCAAUGAAAAAAUAACAAGCCUCGGAAAUCUAUUUCGUCCUAGUUAAACUAGAAUUAAUCAAUUAAUAACCAAAUUCAAUCAAAAACAAAGAGUGAGCAUGCCAAAUCUUGAUGAUAACUUUAUAAAAUAAAUUGAUCCUAUUAAUAGUAUAUUGAAUUAGUCUAAUGAUUUUGCUCCCAAUUCUUAAUAAUUUAUGGAUGCACCACAACAUAUAUUUAUAGAACAAAUAUAGAAUUCAAUUCAAUUAUAAAGGGAAAAAAAGAUGUUUUAGAUUUCGUUUUAUGAGGCUUCGUGA